CUCAAGCGAAACCAAAUCAGAAUGAAACAACUUUAUAAGGUGCCAUUUGAGAGAAACUCUCAAAGAAACAAAGAGUUCAGACGAGCAUAUGUGGAUGGAGUACUGGAAAUGGAUGCUCAUGCAAUCCCACAUGAGUUCAUCUUUAUAGAUGAGGCUGGGUUCAACCUAGCAAAGACCAGAAGAAGGGGGAGAAACGUCAUUGGCCACAGAGCCAUUAUAGAUGUUCCUGGCCAACGUGGUGGGAACAUCACACUGUGCGCUGCCAUCUCCAGUAUGCAUGGUGUCCUCCACCGUCAUGCCAACCUUGGACCAUACAACACAGCCCAUAUUCUCACAUUUCUGGACAGACUUCAAAACAUUCUCAUACCACCAGAGCGUAUGAAUGAUGCAGACCAUCAAAGAAACCGGUACGGUGUAGUAUGCGACAACGUGAGCUUUCAUCGUGCAGCCCCAGUCCAAAACUGGUUUGCUGACCACCCAACAUUUCUUGUGCAAUACCUCCCACCAUACUCACCAUUUCUGAACACCAUAGAAGAGUUCUUUUCGGCAUGGCGGUGGAAGGUAUACGACCCGGCAGCCCUUUGUGCGCAUGCCUCUUGUGCAGGCCAUGGAAGAGGCAUGUGA